AAUAAACACAGCAAACAAUCAAACAGUCGCAUUUUCAGUCUUAAAGCCCCCGAUAAAACUUGACUACGACGACUAUACAGUCGCACAACGGGAAUUAAUCUCAUAUUGAGCUACUAGCUACCUCUUUCGCCCGGGUUCCGUCUCGGCAAGGAAUCUCAUCAAUCAAAGCUUAGCUUGCCGACUGACAGCUCCGGAUUCUGACGUCGCAACACCAUUACCAACCAUGUCGCUCUUCGGACAGGCUAAGCCUUCGCUGUUUGGGCAGUCGCAGCCCGCUCAGACAACUGCGCCGACUCAGAGCACAGGAUUCGGUCUAGGCCAGCCUCAACAACAGCAACAAGGCAACACACUCGGCGCAUCGAUCCAGCAACCACAGCCGCAACAGAUGCCAGCUCUAUCUCAAUCGCAAGCUCAGCUUUCAAACUCGCUAUGGCAGCCUGGAAAGGAAACACCGCACCAGAAGCCGAUUCUGGAGCAAAUGAAGCUUGUUACCGAGAAAUGGGACCCUGCGAACCCCAACUGCGUCUUCAAAUACUAUUUCUACAACAAGGUUGAUGAGAGCCACGUUCCUUACUACAAGCCUCAACCUCACGAAGACCCUCGGGAAUGGGAGGAAGCCCUGCAGAACAAGCCAGCCCCAGGGUUCAUGCCCGUUCUUUGUUCCGGCUAUGCUGGCGUUGCCGACCGCCUUAAAACGCAACAGCGCGCCGUUGCCGACUUCAACACUCGUCUCCACCAGAUCAACGGCAGCCUGGAUGCCAUUCUUCAGCGCCACGAGCUCGAAACUGAGGUUCGCGCUGUCGCAGCCCGUCGACGACAGACAACAAUUAGUGAAAGAUGCCUAGCGCUUGCUGCGCGGAUACAAGUGCUCCGCAACCGUGGCUACGCACUGAGUGGUGAUGAGGAUGAUCUGAGCAGCCGCCUGCAGACUCUGGAGCGAGAAGUUCAAGACCCUGCUGUUGGGGCAAGAGAGGAAGAACUAUGGAGCCGACUUAUUGUGUUGAGAGGCUAUGCUGAUCAGCUCAGCAAGGAGCUGGAUAAGCCUACCGGUUCUGAGGGAGAGAGCAUUGAUCCAGAGCGAGAAGCCAAAGCAAAACGAGUGCUUGAGGAUUAUGAGAAGCAGAUCCAGCAUAUCAAGAAAGAGCUCGAGGCUCUAUCGACAGAUUAUGCAGAGUGGGAGAAGACCAGGAACCCGCACUCAAAAUAGAUGGAACUUAAUCAGGGCACACGGUUUAGCGACAAAGGUGGCAAAGACGGAGCAACUGUCUUUUGUUAGGAUGUAUAUUGGUGACAUAGAGUUGGAGUCAGGACUGGGUAUUCAUCCUAGGCGUCAUAGGAUACGAAACGUAACUCUUUG